AUUUGAGCCAAUGAUCGCGCGGCGAGUCACGGGGCCCGCGGCUCUGGAAGCAGGCUAUUUCAUCGGCGCUCUUUGCGGACGGAUGACAGGCGGACUAGUCCCCGUCCUGCCGCUUCCAGGUACCGAGCAUGGCCGGCUCCUCCGAGAACGACGUCGCGACGGAGCGAAUCGGAUACAUCACCCGCGUCCAGAGCUUCAGCGCCUGCCACCGGCUCCACAGUAUUCACCUGAGCGAUGAGGAUAAUAAAGACGUCUAUGGAAAAUGCAAUAACCCCUAUGGUCACGGCCACAACUACAAAGUGGAGGUGACGGUGCGAGGAAAGAUCGACCGUCUCACGGGCAUGGUCAUGAACCUGACAGACUUGAAGAAAUGCAUUGAGGAUGUCAUUAUGGUUCCACUGGACCAUAAAAAUCUGGACAAAGAUGUCCCAUACUUUGCCAACGUUGUCAGCACAACUGAGAACUUGGCCGUUUACAUCUGGGACAACAUGGUCAAGGCCAUGCCGCCCAAUAUGCUGUACGAGAUAAAAAUCCACGAGACCGAUAAAAACAUUGUAAUAUAUCGAGGAGAGUAGAGUAGACACAAUGUGAUGAGCAUGUAAUGUGAUACUGUUACAAUAAAUGAAAAGCUUGUUUUGUGAAAUACAA